UGUUAUGUCAGAAAUAGAUUCAGGCUGAACAAAAUGUGGCACUGUGUAGUAUGUAGAUGCUUUGGCGUUGGUGCUUGAACCGGCGGGCGCAGGGACCCGCAGGAGCGUAAAGCAAAGCGAUAGCGCGCUGUCAGGAGGCGCAUGCUAAGACACACCUGGUUGUGCUGAUCACAAACAACAGACGACCAAAACAGAUUUGUGGGAAGUGUGUCGUGGAAUCUGCAUGGUACACACUGCCAUAUAUUACUCCUAUGCACGGUUUUUAUCUGAAAUGUUGUAAUGGGGACGUCGCACUCGAACCAGGCCGUGCCGGUGCUAGGACCCUGACGCCGUGUUCAGCGAGGACGCGAGACGCUCCGGCAGCCACGGGAAUAUCCUCGCGCUGUUCACUGCGUGCUUGGCUCGAUCAGCAAGAACUUACGCGUGGAAAGUUGGGGAUGGAUUUCUUUAUUCGGAGUGGCCAAGCAGGAUGAUCAUGCCUGGGAAAAUAAAGGCUGGCUCAGCCUUCUAUUAAUCCAAAUCGCUGGCAUGUGGAGUUACGAUCAAAGCCACGUGAACCAAAUGAUAAUAAUAAUACUAAAAAGCUCAGACGACCACUCUGAUUAGCAUUUUAGCAAGCGCGUUUAUGUUUAAAGGUAGCAGUAUUUUUUUUCCCUGAAAUGAAAGGUAAACACGAGCACAGUCCUGGGUGUGGGAAGUCGCUGAGCUCUCAUAUGAACAAUAUGGACGAGGCGGUGGAGGAUGACAUCUCGGAGAUCCCACAGCACGCCGUGGUACCGAACGACAGCAACGUCGUGAUGGUGAUCAACCACAGCAAAAUCCGCCCCCCUGUCAGCGUGCUGUGGGCGACUGUCCUCUACUGCGCCGAGUUCAUCUGCGCCGCGGUGCUGUCCAGCAUUUACCACACAAGCGAAGACGUCAUAUGGAUGGGGCUGACCAUCACCUUUAUCCUGGUGCCUUCUGUGCUCACUCAGCUCACCCUAACCUUCCUCCACCGGGAUCUGGGGAGAGACCGACCUCUGGUGCUCUUCAUGCACCUGCUCCAGAUGGGACCGAUCAUCAGGUGUGUGGAAGCUUUGGUAGUUUACUUCAAGGCAGGCAGAAAGGAGGAGCCGUACGUUACCAUCACGAGAAAGAUGAAGCUAAAAAACGGUAAAGCCGUCGGCUCCCCCAUGGAAUGGGAGAUCGGCCAUUCAGAGCGCAAGCUGGCUGUCCACCGUGAUGCGUUUAAACGCACAGCUGUCAUCCAAGCCUUCCUCGGUUCCACGCCUCAGCUCACCCUCCAGCUGUAUGCUGCCAUUCAAGAGAAAUACAUCCUUCCUGUUAGACUUACCUUGAUGAUCAUCUCCCUGAUAUCAAUCACAUAUGGUGCGCUGGUGUGCAGUGUGUUGGCAAUCCAGAUCCGUUAUGACGAAUACAAAGUGAGCAUGAAGACUGGUGCAUAUUUGUGCAUGGUGCUGUGGCGUGGUUUGGAGAUCGCCACUCGCGUCACCUCACUAGUACUCUUCAGCACAGCCCUAACCUUCUGGGUGGUUCUGGUGGGUCUGGCCAACCUGCUCAUCUUCUUCUUCCAGCCGUGGGUGGAGUUCUGGGCACGGAGAGCCUCACUGCCUGAGAACAUAGAGAAGAGCCUGAGCAAGGUGGGCACGUGUGUGGUGCUGUGCCUGGUCACACUGCUCUACGCCUGCAUCAACGUCUUCUGCUGGUCGGCUGUGCAGUUGAACCUGGCUGAGCAGGAACUGAUAGAGAAGCAGCCUCGCUGGAGCCGCCUGGCCGUAUACUACACACUGCGCUUCGUUGAAAAUGUGGCACUCAUUGUGGCCUGGUAUUUCUUCAAGUCGGACUUCUAUGACUAUGUGUGUGCGCCGCUGCUUGCUGUGCAACUGAUUGUGUGCUAUGCCCUUGCUGUGCUCUUCAUGCUGCUCUUCUACCAGUUCUGCCACCCGGCACGCAAACUCUUCAAGCAUAACGUGGAAGACUGCCUGCGCUGUGCCUGCUGCUGGAGAAAAGAGCAUACACUGGUUCCACAGGUCCCACCAACCCCAGACCUCACUGUUCAGCAGGGGGCGAGAGAAACAGAUAUCUUGGACGACAUGGAGGCAGCUUGACCUGCCCCUGUAAUUCAUUUGGUCAGAUCUGGCCCUCCCAAACGCCGCAUAUUUGCACGAAUCCAUGAUCAGGAACAUCAUGUGAGAUAUACAGAAUCUCAGUUUCUAUGCAGAAACUGCUGUAGUUCAUUUUAAGAACAAAUCUUGUGUAGUUCCAAGAGUAUCCUCAGCAUGACUAUUCUGAAUCGCCUUGAAACGGCCUUGAACAAAACAGCCUCACUACUCUAAUUUUAGACGUCACUACUCUGGUGUGCAUUGGCAGGGAACGAGAUUGUAGUGAGCUGGGGGUUUUUGGCUGCUACAUACCAAAGAAUGUUGCAAAGAAUGAGAUGAUUCACAAAGACAGCCUUCGCAAAGGCUUAAUGCAGGUGUGUUGGAAACAGGCCAAAUGUCUGACUCAAGAAUGGAGUUUACGUGACAAUGUGGGACAUCCCCUGCUUUAUGUAAAAACACAAGCCAGCCAUUCAUUCCCCUCAAGUGCACUUUGAAACUUGCAUAUCACAGUGAUAAGCUGGGAGGCCUCCUGUGAAAAUCAUUUUCCCGUAAGUUGUGGAGGAAGGCAAACACUUUAGGUGUUAGCAUUUACCUCAGUUUUAAGUAGCUGUAGAUUUCCUGCAGAAAUAAAACCAGAAAGAUGUCUGUUUAAAUUAAUGACAUUGAUUUUAAGUGCCGAAAAUAUAAGACUGUCUUAACUUUGUGAGAAUUUUUUUUUUGUUUUGCUUGUUUUGUGCCUGAACUAUGUGCCUCUGCUGACUGUAACUUGAAUAUAAUAUUAAUAAAAUAUUUUGAAUGUCUAA